AGAGAGAGGGAGGGAGAGUGAGAGGGAGAGAGGGAUAGAGAGAGAGGGAGGGAGAGAGAGAGGGAGAGAGAGAGAGGAGGGAGAGAGAGAGAGAGAGACGGACAGAGAGAGAGAGAGAGAGAGAGAGAGAUGUCUCUGCGUCUUUGCGCUCGGAGCUAAAUCCUCGCGCAGCUUUUAUUUUUAUUUAAUUUUAUUUAUUUGAUUGUAGGUUUUGUUUCCGAGCUUCUCUCGAGCGCGAGAUGGAGAUGGGUUCCUGAAACAGACUUCUAGUGAAAGUGCAUCAUUAUGACUAACCGGACGAACGCGUCCAGCUGUUUGUGUGACGGUGACGCGCCGGACAGCACAACACACACAGACCUGGACUGGGACUUUGAGUACCCGGUCCAGCUGUAUCCUGUGCCAGUGUUAACCGGGAUCACUGUGACCUGCUCGCUCCUGUUCCUGGUUGGAAUUAGCGGAAACCUGCUGACCAUACUGGUGGUCUUGAAGUACAAGGACAUGCGGACCACCACUAACCUGUACCUGUGCAGCAUGGCGCUGUCGGACCUGCUGAUCUUCCUGUGCAUGCCGCUGGACCUGUACCGGAUGUGGCGCUACCGGCCCUGGAACUUGGGCGACCAUCUGUGUAAGCUCUUCCAGUUCAUCAGUGAGAGCUGUACCUACUCUGCAGUGCUGAGCAUCACGGCGCUGAGCGUGGAGCGCUACGUGGCCAUCUGCUUCCCGCUCCGCGCCAAAGUGCUGGUGACCCGCGGGCGCGUGAAGGCGCUCAUCCUGCUGCUUUGGCUUGUGGCUCUGUGCAGUGCGGGACCCAUCUUUGUUCUGGUGGGUGUCGAGCACGAGAACGGCACCGACCCGCACGAGACCAACGAGUGCAAAGCGACCGAGCACGCAAUCCGGUCCGGGCUGCUCACCGUCAUGGUGUGGAUCUCCAGCGUGUUCUUCUUCCUGCCCGUGCUGUGCCUCACCGUGCUCUACAGCCUCAUCAGCCGCACUCUGUGGAGAAGGAAGAAGAACCCAGUGGGACCCGUGUCCAGUCGGGAGAAGAACAACACACAGACGGUGAAGAUGUUAGCCGUGGUGGUCUUUGCGUUCGUUCUCUGCUGGCUGCCAUUUCAUUUGGGCCGCUAUCUGUUCUCCAAAUCAUCAGAAGCUGAUUCUCCACUAAUCACUCAAAUGAGCGAGUACUGCAACCUCGUCUCCUUAGUUCUGUUUUAUUUCAGCGCCGCCAUCAACCCCAUUCUCUACAACAUCAUGUCUAAGAAGUACAGGAUUAUGGCCUGCAGGCUGUUUGGAGUGAGAUGCACUCAAGAGCGCUCAAAGUCAUUGAAUUCAGAGAACUGCCCGGUGUGGAACGAGUCCAGUGGAACCACAUGACAGAGGAGGAGUGGGUUCUGCUCUGAGGGCUGAAAGGUUCCUGUGGAGGCAAGAGGAAUUAUACACGAAUCCUUUUGAGCGUUCAAGCUAGUUAAAGUGGUGUAAAAUCACUCCGAGGGGUUACGGGUCAAAACGGCUCAGAACAGAUAAUCGACUUUUUAAAAAAAACUGUAUAAUUGCUCCAGUAGAGUGAAAACUUUUAUCUGUACUUCAUCAUAAAAACCCUGAACUGCUAACCGUGUGACCGUUGAGUGCAUUAGCGUGAGUCUCAUUGUUUCAGACCUUUUUAACGUGCAGAUCUUCACACUGCAGAUUUAUCAGACACCAGACACCACUAACGCCAUGGAGCUGACUGUAAUAAAGCCGCAGUAUGUCACAGCAGAACUUUUUAUACGCUGCAUUUUCACUAAACUGUUGUCACAUAUGUAGAGUUUAUAUGCAUCUACACAAAAAUGCCUUAAACCUUGUGAGUUACUGGAGGACAAAGUGAGCACUGUAGAUGAAGCACUGUACAUAGUACCCGAUAGCGGGGAAAUACAAUCGUGCUGCCUGAUUAAACAUCUGUUUACAUACAAAACACAUCUGUUCUGCUUAAAUAUGUCAAAUAGAAAACAUUCAGCUCAUGGUAUAUCUACAGCACUGUGCAAAAGAUUUUAUUUUUACUUCAUUUUGUACAUGGGGAAAGGUUCUGUGUAGAACCCUAGAACAGACGCUUUCCUUUUCUGGAAAAGUUCUAACCAUAACCUGUUUGGAAA